AUGAUGUUACGUGACAAUGGUAUAUGGUUGCCAUGCGAUCCGAGUAGCGACCGGCGCUUGACUGGGUUCGGGCCAUCAAGUGUGAAAUUAGCAACCGAGCAGACAAACGUAGGUGACCAGGCUUUGUCUGCAUAUCGAGUUACUGGAAAAAACAACAAGCUUCCUCAGAAAUCCAAGAUAAAUAUUGGUACGUGGAAUGUCCGAGGACUCCUGAGCGUAGGGAAACUUCAAAUAUUGGAGCGUGAGCUGAUGACAGCAGAGAUGGAUAUAUGUGGUUUGUCGGAAACACACUGGAAAGGUAAGGGACACUUUACAACUGCUGAACAUCGGAUUUUCGUGUCGGGCUCAGACAAUGCAAGCCAGAAUGGAGUAGCCAUUGUGGUUAACAAAAGAAUGGUACAAUACGUGGACAGUUACCAAACCAUUAGUGACCGCAUUAUUAAAGUCACCAUCCGUACAAAACCUACUAACAUGCAUCUUAUUCAGGUAUAUAUGCCUACAACUGACGCAGAUGACAAACAAGUUGAGGAUAUUUAUCAAGAAAUAGAACAACUAGUAUCAGCCACACCCAAAAAGGAACCCCUAGUCAUUCUAGGUGAUUUCAACUCCAAGGUGGGAAAGUCAGCUGACAAUAACAACCUACAAAAUAUUAUAGGAAUGUACGGACUUGGAGACAGAAAUGCCAGAGGAGAGAGACUUAUACAAUUUGCAAUAGACAACAAUCUUGCAAUAACAAAUACCAUGUUCAAACAACACCCUAGACGAUUGUCAACUUGGACCUCACCCGAUCAAAAAACGAAAAAUCAAAUUGACUAUAUCUUAAUAAGCGGUAGAUGGCGGUUAUCUGUUACCAAUGUUAAGACAAGACCUGGCAUGGUAUGUGGAUCAGAUCAUAAAAUCCUAGUGGCAAAGUUCCAUCGUAAACUACAGGCAGUGAAAUUGAUCAAAACGAAAAGGUAUUCAGUACCUACUAAAGAAGAAAUAAUGAAAACAAUGAAAUCGGUAAAAAUGCCCACACUAAAAAAUGACGUACAAGAAAUGUGGAAUGACACUAGGACUUGGAUAAAUGAAAUAGUUAAAGGAAGUUGCACAUCUGGAAACAUUAAAUUAAAGUCUAAAACUUGGAUGUCGAAUAAUACGAUCAAUUUGCUUGAAAAGAGAAGAAACCUAGUCAUAUCAACAACAUUUGACAAAGAACACAAACUAAGAAACAUCAAUAAAGAAAUAAAAAACAGCUGUAGACAGGAUAAAAACAAGCACGUCCACGAGAUUUGCACAGAAUUGGAAAGACACUCGGCAACUAACGAAUCUAGAGAGCUAUUCAAUAAGGUAAAAUAUCUCUCUCGUGAGUUUCAACUACGUACACAAAUUAUACAGGAUGAAAAUGGUCGAAAGAUUACUGAUCCGGAUGGUAUUGUUGAAGUCUGGCGAAAGUACUGCACAAAGCUUUACGAAGAUGGUGAAUCUUCUAAUAAUAAUAAUCGUCCCAACCAAUUCGAACAUGACCGGAGAUCCUUAAAUCAGAAGUUGAACACGCCCUAA